GUUACAGAGAGUGAAGUCUAUAAACAUUCGGAAGUGCCUUGGUCCUUGACACACAUUUAUGCUCAGGUACCAUUUAAUAUUACAGGCAGACUGAAACCCUCACAUGGCUAACCAUCUCUCCUUCCUCCUCCUCAUCUUCUACAGAGUCUCAGCAGUCAGCCAUGUGUCUGUGCAGACAGGAGGCUCCAUCACCAUCCCAUGUAGCUAUGAUCAGUAUUACAUAAACCAUGUGAAAUACUGGUGUAAAGGGUAUGGUUGGACUAUUUGCUCCUCUGUAGUACGCACUGACCAUCCUAAGAGCACUGAUAGGGCCUCAAUCUCUGAUGACAUCGCCCAGAAAGUCUUCACUGUGAUCAUGACUGAUCUGGAGCCAGAGGACUCUAAUACUUACAGGUGUGUUGUGGAGAUCAAUGGAGGAACAGAUAGCAUGAUACAAUUGUUCUACCUAUCUGUCACUCCAGCAACCCAAGAUCCAACCACUCAACAACCCUCUGCCUCUCCAACUGCUGAGCCUGUUCAGAAUGACAACACAAGUCAAGGAGCUGAGGGGAACAUGGAGGAAGUCCACCAGAGGUCCAUAGAUGUGAAAGUCCUACUCAUCUCUCUGGGCAUGUUGGUGGUGGUGACAGCUGGUAUCCUAGUAACAUGGAAGAUGUGGAGAAAGCAUAAGAACAAUAAGCCCAAGGACCAGACAACUAACAACUCAGUGGUUGUGGUAAGGACAUUGAAAUGUUGGUAUCAUUAUGGUAAGUGUGGAAAUAAGUAUAGCCAGUUAUAA